CAAACGCGCCUUGUAUCUACGGUGCGUUACUUAUGGUUUGCAGAAAUAUUCCAUAAAUGCUGUACAUGGAUUAUAUUUUCGGCUGUGACAGACUUUAUUACGGAUCACGCACUUUAUAGUAAUGCGUGAUGUUUUAAGCGCAUUAACCUCGUUGGAGAACCAGUCGUCGAAUGUGUACGAACCGAAUAUUAUUGAAUUCAUUGAAUCGCUGUACAUUUUUGUGAAACAUAAAUUUCGAUCUUACGGUGUUUCGUGGAGAUAUGUGAAUCGUCUCAGGAAUUUUUUGCUGUGUAACAUAAAAGACUGUCAAUACGCUGCUGAUCAAAAAAGUGUUUUGAAAUGUUCGCGGUGUUGUGAAAUAUUUUCCAACUGUUCCGUAUUACUUUCAUUAUACAAAAAAUACUCAAUCUUGGUAUGCCUGGAAUUAGCUGCUUCACUUGGUAGUUCUGAAGAUGUUGCCCUUAAUCGACUUUCAUGUCACUUGUGUAACUUACACCGCUCCUACACAACUCUUCAUCAUUUCUGUCUAACUUUGCGUGAUGGGCCGCAUGACCACAGAUUUCCUCAUUCUGUUUACGGAUUUAUUGAAAAGCCUAACUGUAAAUCAUGUACGCAUAUUUUGAAAAGAAAAGACAUUCCAUUUUCUGGGGGUAAAGGAAAGAAUCCAAGUGGUCGCUGUGAUGACCAUACAUCUUCACAUGGAAAAAAACGAUUUAGAGUUUUUAAAAAGGAUCAUUGUACUUUGUCACAUUUGAGGAAAUGUAUUAGAAGGCCAGAAAGCAGCAGUGACUCUUCUGAUUCGUAUUCAUUGAAAGGUGAAAAUAAGCCUGUGAAAGAUAAUCCCUUGGGCUGCCUGAAGGCUGAGUCUAUUCCACAUCAACAUCUAUCACCUCUAAAUGAUUCAAAGUGUAUUGACGUCAAUUUAUUACACUCUUAUUUAGACAAGCAUUUAACUACUGAAUUACCUCAGCCGUGUUUGUAUCCACAUGUAUUGCUUAUUUUAUGUAAAUAUAUUAAUGCUAUUCAAUUCAUCAUACAUAUGGAUGAAAGUUAUUCAGUUCAGUACGGUGAUGCUUUAACACAUUUUAAUAUUAAAAUUCUUGAAGAAUUGCAAAAUGUAACUAUAUCGGUUUAUGAAAUGUUUAUCAGUACUAGGGAUGAUUUCUACCUAAGUGUUGUACAGAUUGUUUGUCAAGCUAUUACUGUUGUAUACGAUUGCUUAAAAUAUUGGCAAAAGUCAAUUGUCCACUUGAAUUAUGAUAGUUCACUCUUGAAUUUCAUAACAUUGAUAUCUCAGUGGUUUCAUUCAGAAGAAUCAAAGUUCAUCUGUUUAAAAUUAACUUCUCUUGAUAUCCUUUUAAAUGUAAUUAAUUUAACCUCACAAUGUACUGAUGUAUACAAUCAAUGUCAUAAUAUAAUAAUCAAUUUUUUAAAUAAUAUCCAAAUUACAGAAAAGCAUAUUCAUGAGUUGUGUAUCACUAAUGAUUUUAAUUCCGAUGUACAUUCUGAAUAUAUUGCUGAUUAUUUUAUGUGUUUAUUUCAUAAAUUAUAUCAGUCAGAUCAAAGUUUAUUGCAGCUUACACCACCAAUCCAGGAUUCUCCGUGUAUUAUUAACAAAGAAUUCCCGUAUUUAUUUGUUUUAUUGAAUUCUUUUGUAUCUCAGAGCAAAUUUUUAACUGUUGACGAAAAUACUGCUACUUCCUAAUCCAUAUUCAUUAGUUCCUUAUCGUUCAUUUUUAUCAUUUUUGCAUAAUCAUGCAUUGUCUAUUUGUUCUGUAUAUAUGUUAAAUGAAUAUUUUGUUCAAUGGAUUUUCGAUUUGUUGUUCGAAUUGUAUUUUUCUACUUCUCCUAUUAUUUUUAAUCACUUCAACACCAACAAUAAUAACGAUGAAUUAUGUAGUCAUUUAUAUUUUAAAAUUAUUUAUACCUUCUUAAUUGAUUUAGUUAAAAAUGAAAAAUUCGCAUGGUUAAAAGAUGUUUUGUUUAAGCUGACACAGAAUGAUAAAUCAUCUGUGAAAAAAAUAAAUUUUUUACAUGAAUUAUGUCAAAUUCAUAAUGCUACUACUACUACUUCUGCUGCUCUUAUAAGUACAAAACGCUCAGAUCUAUGUCGGGCUAAUAUAAUUCUAAACGAGCAUUUAAUGCAAAAUUUUCUGACUUGUCUGUUCAAUGAAACCAAUAC